CUGCAAACAACUUGCAUGAUGGACGUUGCUCAUAUUUGAACAAAAAAGUGUGAUUUUAGGAGCUUAAACAACAAUGGCGACGUUAUUGACUGAGCUGCUUUUUCUCCUGCUAUUUUGCAGAGGACAAGUUUAUGCAGCGUCAUUCUUUGGCGACAGCUCCAUCCAGCUGCAGACUGUCCAAGCCUCCUCUCAGACGUUGCUCCGUGUGCAGUUUAGAACUUCCAGCCGACAAGGCCUGUUAUUUUUGGCAGCGGGGCCUGCAGACUUCUUGCUGUUGGAGGUGACCUCGGGGCGCCUACAGGUCCGUGUGGACCUUGGCUCAGGCGAGCAUACUCUGCGCUCAGAAAGGGACAUCAACCUCAGUGACCUCGCAUGGCAUUCUGUAGAAGUCACUCACACGCAUCAUCAUGUCUCCAUAACCGUGGACCGAAGCUCUCACUCUAGGAUUGUGAUACCAGGACCUGAUCCGGAGCUCAGUGUAGAUGCCCUUUUUGUUGGUGGGGCAUCAGGACUUAAUUUUCCACACAUUCUCAACAUCUCUGCCGGGUUUAGAGGUUGUUUAGAUGAAGUUAUCCUCAAUGAACUCAACCUGCUGUCUAGCCUGAAGUCUUUUCCUGGGUACAAGAAGGUCCAUGAGGUGUCUUUGGGGUGUAGUGAGUUGUUUUCAGCUACAGAAGCCGAUGUGGCCCAUUUUUUCAGCUCCAAAGCAUUCAUCUCUCUUUCCCCGUGGGACCCGCAACAAAAAGGGAUGUUUGAAUGUGAACUGCACCCCUCUGGGAGAGAAGCCGAUGGUAUAGUCCUGUACAGCUCUGGUAUUCUGGGAGGUGUUUUGCUAGAGAUUAAAGGUGGUCACCUGGUGGCAACGGUUGGAACCGUGCAAGGGAAUAAGACUGAGUUGCAUUCCCGCACGCACCUCUACAGCAAGCUCACAUGGUAUCCCAUUCAGUUCCAACUACUACCCCAUACUGUCCAGCUGAGGGUAGGUGAAGAGUUGCUCCAGGCCAGUCUAGGGUUGCGGAGCAUCCAUCUUGAAGGACCACUCUUUCUGGGGGGCACGAAUGAACAAGCAUGGAGAGAAGCAAAGCAAACAGGAUUGAUAUCUUCCGAUACUCAGCUGCAAACCAUUGAGAGCAGAAGCUCUUUCCGAGGCUGCCUAAGAGAAAUCAAAGUAAACACCCAAAGAACUGGACUCCCUCAUGCUGUUGUCUCCAAAGAUAUCAGCCUGGGGUGCAAGGUGGGCCAACAUUCAGAGACCAUGUCUACAACCAGAUCGAUAUAUGUUCACGAGUUUGACAUAACGACAGCCCACGGGAUAAGUGAUAACAAUGACUCCAACCUCCUAUUCUUGAGAAGGCUGGAGGUAGAAGAAGGAAGUCGGGCACCAUUGGAACCAAAACAUAUUAAGGUGAAUGUUGAUCUACCAAAGUUAGGCUUGCAUCCAUCUGAGUUCAUGUUCCGCAUUGAAGAGCAGCCAGUCCAGGGUCACCUGCAUCUCGAUCCUAGCCCUGAGCCUAAAGUGAGGAUGACCCCAACCGGAGCAGAGGAGAGGCACCUGGCUUUUAGCAUGCUUGACCUCUGGCAAGGCCGGGUCUCGUACGUUCACAGCGGCUCAGAGGGUCACCAUGACUACUUCAUGUUCUCCAUCUACUCCGGUUACAAGGAACUUCCUCUGUCGUUGACUGACCGUCAUCAUUUGUACCGUUUUGACAUCAGCAUUAGUCCUGUUAAUGAUGCGCCCGUGCUCAGCCUGCCACAGGGAAAUGUUUUUACUUUACUCCAAAAGUCCAAACGACUGUUUACGACAGAUGUCCUGAGAGUGUCAGACCCUGAUAGCAGCCAGUCUGACUUGGUGUUUAGCGCCAUGGGAAACUUGAACAAUGAGGCUGGACACCUUGAACACAAAGAUCAGCCCGGCAGGGCCAUCAACGUGUUCUCCUUGUAUGAUCUGAAGGAGGGGAAGAUUAACUUUGUCCACACUGGAGUCUCCACGACCAGGUUGGCAUUCAGAGUCAGCGAUGGGCAGAUGGUCAGCAACCCGGUCAUUUUGAGGAUACUGGCAGUGGAACUUGAAUACAAAUUUGUCAACAACACUGCACUGGAGGUGAACCAGGGUGGAGCAUCAGUCAUCACCAUCAAUCAUCUUGCAGUACAAGUUAACGUUGCUGAACAGCCAAUGGAUAUUCGAUAUGAUGUCACGGAGCUGCCGCAGUACGGUCAACUUCAGCGUUUGCACUCAAGUGGCGAAUGGAGACCCACAACUUUCUUCACUCAAAAACUUAUUGAAAAAGAACGGAUCCGAUACCUAAACACUUACCGUGCGAUUCAAACUCAGAAUGCCACUGACCGGUUGAAAUGCAAAGUCAGCGCUGGCUCAAUUGCAGCAAAGAAAGAGAUUGUUUUUCCCAUUGUGGUACGGUGGAUCCAUUAUAAGGUCACAAGAAGCAAAAUGGAGGUCAAUGGCGUUCUGAAAGUAGUUGUCACUCCAGAGGACCUUCAUGUCAUCACCAAGGGUGUUAAACUCAAUGAUAGCGACAUAUAUUUCAAACUUUUAACCAAACCCAAAAAAGGUCAGCUUUUCCUCAUUGACAAAGUUCUAAAGAUAAACUCAACCUUCAGCCAGAAGAAUAUAACGGAUGGCUUGGUGACGUAUGAACUGUUUACCAGACUGCCUGUUGACACAAGAGACAUUUGCAUCUUCCGGGCCUUCUCCACCAUUGCCAUCUCAAUGAGCCACGACUUCAGAAUAAACAUUAGAACCGAGUCAACCGACUUCACCGUCCUAAACAACGGCCUUUCAGUUGUGGAAGGAGGGACGAAAAUCAUCACAAAAAGUAUACUAUUCACCCACAUAGCAAGCAACCGCGAUGUCCACUACAGCAUUACCGUGCAACCAAGCCACGGUCAAAUACGGAGAAUCGACAUCUCAAACUCGACCUCCAUCAACGACAACAUUGGGAUUUUCACCAAUCAGGAUAUCAUUGAGGAAAGGGUGAUGUACGUUCAUGAUGACAGCGAGACGAAGCAAGAUUUCUUUCGCUUUCAGAUUGUGGUUUACAAACCAACCAGAGCCAGUGGCAAGAAUGAGAACAGAAACCCAGUCGAACACACUGUAAACAUCUCCAUACAACUCAUCAACGAUCAGCGACCAGUCAGAGUUGUUGACCAAGUAUUCCAUAUGGCCAGAGACGGGCAGAGGUUGGUGACUUUGAAUGAUCUUUGCUACCGAGAUGAUGACUCAGACUUUGAGGACGACUGGCUGGUCUACACUAGGAGAGGGAUUCCGAUGGGGGAGCUGGUCCUAACCAGUGCGCCCGAUCACAAACUGUACGAGUUCACACAAAGAGAUCUCAAGCAGAAAAAGGUGCUGUUUGUACACAGUGGAGUCAGUUUUGGUCGCUUCGUGCUUUUUGUAUCAGAUGGCAAACAUUAUGUUUCUACGUUGAUGGAGGUUAAGGCACAGGAUCCUUACAUUGAAGUGAAAAACAACACAGGCCUCAUGGUCCAGCAAGGUGGAAUAACGACUCUAACCUCAUGUAACCUCAGCAUCUUCAGCAACCUCGACAUCAGGGAUUCACAGCAACUAACGUACGAGGUCUUCCUUCCGCCCAAACACGGUGUGCUUCUCAAGAAUGAUGGUGAAUCCGCAGCAGAGGCAGAUGCGGUUUCCUUAUUCACCCAAGAAGAUCUGGAAGCAGAGCGCCUGUUUUAUCACCAUGACGGCAGCCACGGGUUUUCCGAUGGCUUUAAUAUCACAGCGAGAGCAAGGGAGAAAACCCGAGAAGGGCGAUCACAUGAUUGGAGGAGGGAAGUGUAUCUAGACAUUGGCUUGCAGAUAAAAAUCUACCUUAAGAGUCAUCAGAGUCCACCAACAGUCAUUAAUAAUCGCCCAGUGGUCGUUGCAGAGGGGCACAAUGUCUCCUUAAAUAAAAACCAGUUAGAGGUGGUCCAUGUUGACAGCCAGCCUUCAGAGAUAGUGUUCACCGUCCAAAGCCCACCAUCUUUGGGAUUAAUUGAGAUGUUAACCUCUGAGAAAAAGCGGCGAACAAAUAAUGAAGGACGCCAACAUCGUUUCCAGAAAUUUAGAUGGGAGCCGACAACUUCCUUCACUCAGGAGGACAUCAACAACGGUUUGGUCAUCUACCACCAGCAGACUUCAGGAAGCGCCAAUGAUUCUGCUCUGUUGGAGGCUACCAAUGGGGUCACCAAGGUUGGACCCAUUUACAUGGCGAUUGAUAUUAUUCCCACGCUACUGCCUCUACAGGUCUCUGACUUGACAUUGGAUGAGGGGUCGUCUCUGCCGCUUACACUUGACGUAAUCACAGUUAAUAGUCAUCACUUCUCAGGGAUGAAUUUCCUGUAUAAUAUUGUUGUUCCACCCCGACACGGUCACCUGGAGCACAGUCGGAUCCCAGGGAUGCCCAUCACUGCUUUCACACACACGGAGUUGGAGCGUGAAUACAUUUCCUAUAUCCAUGAUGGCAGUGACACUGUGAGAGACAACUUUACCAUCAUUGUCAAUCAGACAGAGUACCAGAAGCACAGUCUACCCUGUACCGUGCAGAUCAAGGUCACACCUGUCAAUGAUGAGACUCCUGUCGUUAUAACCAACAAUGGUCUAAAGGUUUGGGUGGAUUCGGUGACAGAAAUCUCAGUGGACGAUCUGAGCGCUGAGGACUGUGACACGCCACCUGACAAGCUUGAGUUUAUCGUCACACCACCCAGUAAUGGCUACCUGGCUCUGAAGAGCGCCCCCUCCAAACACAUCUUAAACUUCACGCAGAUUCACAUUGAAAGUGGACAACUACUCUUCGCGCACAAUGGUGCUUUGUCUGGUGGCUUCCACUUUCAGGUGAACGACGGCGUGAACUAUGCCAAUCGCCAAAUCUUCAGCACUACAGCUCAUUCUUUUGUACUUACGCUACAGAAAAACCAUCCAGUGGAGGUAUACCCAGGAUCUGUGACACCAAUAUCUGAGCAUGAGCUUCAGGUGAUAACCAGCAACCCCACUGACGUUGCAAUAAAUGACACUUUGGUGUACACAGUGACCGUUCCUCCAAAAUUGGGCCGCUUGGUCCGUCGUAUGCCAGACAACUCUACGCAGGAUAUUUCUACGUUCACACAGAGGAUGGUGAACUCUGGUGUUGUCUUGUACGAUCAGAACAAGCCAGAGUCGGUGGUAUGGUUGGCUACGGACACGUUUUCUUUCACCGUGUCUUAUCCUCCCAUCUUCCUCCCGCCGCACACCUUCACCAUUUUGAUCUCCUACCAGGUUAACAAACAUCUUCACUAUCUUCAACAUGACAGCAGAACCCUUCACAAUGCAGGCGCUGUGGUGUCGGAAGGUGGCAGGAUUGUAAUUGACAGAUCUAAACUUGAUGCCUCCCAUCUCCUUGAGAAACUGCCCAAGCCCUUCCAGAAAGACCACCACGUUGUUUACCGUCUGACUUCUCUUCCGCGCCACGGUGCUUUGUCUAUCCAUGGCCACAACCUCACCAGGGAACAACCGGAUUUUUCACAGAUUACAUUGAACAAAUUUGGCAUCACUUACAUCCACGAUGACUCUGAGACCACGAGUGACAGCUUCACUUUCCGGGCCUGGGUGGUUCCUCUUGAUGCCUCCUCCUCCUCCUCAUCUCCGUUUUACUCAGCUUCCUCCUCCCUUCCAUCGUUGGACUUAGUGUCUCAUCGCCACGUCAAGGACAGCCUGGCUGUGACGGAGACAUUUAACAUUACGGUAACGCCGGUCAACGACCAGCCUCCAAUGAAUAGGAAUAGACCCCCGACUUUGAAGGUUGUCGUUGGAGAGAGGGUCAUUCUCGGACCAGACAAUCUGCAGGUUGAAGAUCAUGACACACCUCCAGAGGAGCUGCAUUACCUUGUAAUCAGCAAGCCCAACAACGGCUACCUGACGCUGGGUGAAAGGCCAGAACCGGUGACCUCUUUCACGCAGUACGACGUCAACCACGGCCGGCUGCAUUUUAUACAGCAGGGCGAGCCUUCGACGGGAGUUUUCUACUUUAAUGUAACUGAUGGUCAUCAUCGUCCGCUCUACAAACUGUUCAGUUUGGAGGUAAUUAAACCCUCCAUUUUUACAGUUAACAACACCGGCCUGUCAUUGGUUCAAGGCAGAACUGCUGUGAUCCUGACAACCAACCAGCUCGCAGCUCAAACAAAUGGUCAAAGUCGGGCCAACAUAACCUAUACAGUAACCACCCACCCCCGGCAUGGACGCAUUGCUAUAAACGACCAAGAAGUCAUGACCUUCCGCCAUGAGGAUCUCCAACAUGGCCGUGUUGUCUAUCACAUGACUGAGCUCAGUGAAUCAGAGGACAGCUUUCAAAUCUCCAUCUCGGCCACGGCACCGGGUGUCGAGUACGGAAACGUGACAGCACAGACGGUGAAGGUAGUCGUGCGACCUCUCAUCUAUUUACGGGAACCAGUGAGAGUCCCCAGCGGCAUCGCCGUGAAACUGGGGAAAGCCAUGAUGGACGCAUCCGAGCUGGCGAGAAUCAGCAGAGCCGACCCGGUCUUUGAGGUUCUGGUUCCACCGAAACAUGGCAAACUAGUCAAGAUGACCUAUGACCCCAACAGAGCAUCAGAGGUCCUGAAGUCCUUCACAUUCCGAGACGUGGUGCAAGGACGCGUCGCCAUCGAGGAGACUCUGAGCGACGACGACGAUCAAACCCAAAGUAACGAAUCGGCGCUCACAAUUGGCCACGCCCCCGCCACGCCUCUCAACGACUCUUUCGUCUUCCUGCUGAAGGCUGGCAAUGUCCAACCAGCGAAAGGUGAGCUUCACUUCACCAUCUUACCUCAUCACCAGAUGCACCACGCUCCGCCCGGUGGGAAUAAAGCGGACGUGGCGAGCAACGAACACAAGACGACACGGAGCAAGAUCGCCGCGGGAGGGACGGUGGGAGGGGGGCGGACGCACGGCAGGGUGGAAAUGGGUGUGCACCCUCACGUCCUAACGCACAAGAACCACAAUAAGACACAUCAUAGAGUGAGGCCUCACAACCGCAUAGCAAACCACACGCACGGCGGGAAUCAUGGCAGCCGGUCAAAGUCCAGCCCCCCUCCGGCCGAGCCACAUCCCCCUGGCAUGCACCCCGUUCAGGUGGCGGUCCUCCCUCGACCUGCCUCGGACCCUCUGCUCAUCAUCCUGCCUCUGCUGGCAUGUCUGCUCCUCAUCGUGAUCCUGGUGGUGUUGAUCCUGGUGUUGCGUCACCGCAGAGAGAAACAGGCCAGGAUGCGCCUCCUGCAGGAGCUCGCUGCUGUGCAGUUACCCGCCGAGGGCAGCCCGUAUUCGGGCGGGCCGGAGCGAAGCGUGGCUAUGCCCUCGGUGGUGGUCACCCCGCUUCGUACGGCCAGCUGCCCCGCCUCUCCCGGGGCGCCCAUAGGCUCCAGGAGGCGCAGUCUGGCCCCAGGGAUGACCUUCUGGGGACCGUUUGAUGCUGAGGCUUCGAGUAGUGAUGAGAAUAUUGGAGGUCGGGAAAGAGAGAACACUUUUGGUAGAAAUUCGUUACCAGCCAUUUCUGUAGCGUUCAAGUCCUCUCGUCGAUCUAAGCCCCCCACGCUUAAAGACAGCCAGUAUUGGGUUUGAUUGAUCGGAAUAAAAUACGAACUGUGCCUUAGAGGUGUGCACUAUUUACUGCUGUAUAGGAGGCAUAUAUACACUGGGGCAAAAAAGUAUAUAGUCAG